GCCACAGUCACCAACACAACAACAAAAGCCAGUCCAAUGAUUCAGUCGAGUGAACGUCUCGUCUGUUGAUUCCGAUUCUGUUUCUGUGUGUGUGUCUGUGUGUCAGUUUCCAGCCAACUGUUGCCGCUUUCAUAGCCAGAAAAUCAGCUGACGGCACUGACAUUGAAAAUCUUGCGCGAUUUUAGUGAAAAUUGUCAUUGCCAUUGCCAUUGCGAUUUCCACAAUUGUCGCAAUGAAUUAUUUGCAAGAUCGCACUUUCCUUUUGGUAACCGGCGCCUCACGAGGCAUUGGCCGCGAGAUGGCGCUGCAGCUCUCUAAGCAGAUGCAGACAGAGGGUUCUUUGGUUGUGCUCCUCGGACGCAGUCAGCAGCAUCUGGACGAGACGAAGACGGCCAUUGAACAGGCCCGGGGAACGGACAACGUUAAGUUGAAGGUGCUCAGCUAUACGUUGGAGUUGGCCACAGCAACGGCAACGGAUUUCGCAGAGCUGCUGAAGCAAUCUCUGCAGGGAGUGGACAUCGAGACCUUUAAGCGGGCCAUUGUCAUACACAAUGCGGGCACUGUGGGUGACAUCUCGUUGCAUGCACGUGAGAUUGGCGAUACGAAGGAGCUGACCCAUUACUACCACAUCAAUUUCUUCUCCACGGUGGCGCUUAAUUGUGAAUUCAUGCGUGUAUUUCGACAAUUGCCCAAGCUGAUCGUCAAUCUGAGCACAAAGGCGGCUGUGGAACCGUUCGCUUCUAUGGCCUAUUACUGCACCGUAAAGGCGGCACGUGACAUGUACUUCCGGGUGCUGGCCGUUGAGGAGCCCUCGGAGCAGACGCUGGUUCUGAACUAUGCGCCCGGCGCCAUUGACACCCAAAUGACGGAGCAGGUGCAGCGGGAUACGCACAAUCAGGAGCUGGCUGCCGCUUUUCGUCAGCAGCGCGAGUCCAAAACAAUGCUCACCACAGAGCAGACGGUUCUCAAAUUCCUAAAUGUGUUGCAGGCCCAGAAAUUCAAGUCCGGUGAUCAUGUUGACUACUGGGACUAAUUCCCAACUCCGAUAUACGUACUGGAUCCAUUAUAACAGAAUAACAGUUUGGCCACAUUCUCCUCUCUUAACGGGAUAUUACAAAAUAGAACAAUAUUAUGCAGCAAUUCAUCUGAAAUAUUAAUCCUUAAUUACUGAAUUAUUUUAAAGAGUGCCCAGCGAAUUAAUAAGCUAAGAGAAAUACAAAUGGGACCACUACAUUCACAAAGAACAGGGAACAAAUAUUAUAAUCUAAUAAUACUAAUUAAGAAGUGAAAUAAAUUUUCUAAAAAUUGCA